GCGGCUAAACGCGCAGCUCAAAGACGGCGCCGAGCCAACCGCCCCAAAGACUCAAAACCCUUGAAAACCCUCGGCGUCUUCACGUCUCUCUCUUCCGCCCUCGACACAGCGGGAGAGAAGCAGCGCUGCGGCCCUUGCCGUCCUUCUACAAUGGCGACCUCGCAGUCGCACGCCGUCAAGUCACUCAACACCUCCUCCGGCCGUCGGCGCUUCGUCUUCAAAAGCUUCUCCCAGCGGGUGGAGGAGAUCGAUAUCAACGUGUACCGUAGUCUGGACCCCGUGAAGGCUCAGCCCUCUGCUGGCUCCUCCUUCCUACGAGAGAGUCUCGUUUACUGGAGGGAAUUGAAUACGGCGGAGGACUUCAUCUCGUUUUAUGAAAAGAUGAUGCCGUUGGUUCAGACGCUCCCGCAGGUCAUACUGCACAAGGAAAUUAUAAUGUCAGAGCUUCUUGAUAGAUUGCAUGUGAAAGCAAGAUUAUCACUCGAACCAAUCCUAAUGUUAAUCUCAGCAUUGUCCAGAGAUUUACUAGAUGAGUUUCUACCUUUUUUGCAAAGGCUUACAAAUGCUUUAGUAGAUCUUCUUAGAAAUGGCGGCGAUCAUGAUCCUGAAAUCUUAGAACAGGUCUUUACAUCUUGGUCAUAUAUCAUGAUGUAUAUGCAGAAGUAUCUUGUGAAGGAUGUUGUUUAUGUUCUCAAGAUGACAAUCCACUUAAGAUAUUUCCCAAAAGAUUAUAUCCAAGAAUUUAUGGCUGAGGCUGUUUCAUUCUUGCUGAGGAAUGCAUGCAAAGUCCAGCUGUGGAAAGGUGUUAGCAAGGUUAUAAUGGAAGUUGCAAAAAGUUCAUCUAUGAGGAGAACAGGAGUUACUGCUUUGCUGUGGCAUGUGAUGCGGGGGGCUCCAUCAAUGCUUCACUCAAAAGCUGAAACAGUAUGGCACCUCUUGAUGGACAAGUCCAUUUUUAGUCUUGGUGAAAAAUAUCCUGAAGGUCAGGAUGCUCUUCUUCAGGUUACAAUAGGCAUUAUCCGUCGGUUAUGCAAUGAGAUCAACCCUGAAGAACUGAAAGUGAUAUUCCACUCUUUGAUCAAAGAAAUAUCGAACUGCAUCAGUGAUGGUGACUUGGAACACCUGAAUCAUUUAUUGUCUCUUCUUACAUUUGCUGUUUGCAAUAUUGAUGGGAGCAAAGUGUAUGAUAGACAAAAGAUACUUGAUCUUGUUAGCUCACUCAUACAAUCAUUUGUUGUGCCUUCCAUUAGUGUAGAAAUGGAAGACCUACCAUCUAAAGUUCUUAGUAGAGUACUGGAAUUGAUGCUCUGCCUUCUAGAUGUUCCGCUUAUUUCUGUUGAUAUGUCUAGCAUCUUGCUGCUGUAUGCUCCUGCAUUCAAGUUGAAAAGUUCAAGGCUACUGGAAUUUUUAAGGGGGUUUAUCCUGAAAGAUCCUGAGAUAGUGCAUGUAUUUAGAAGCCAUAUAUUAAGUGUCAUGGGUGAUUUAGUUGAAGUUUCUCCUGAAGAAGCUCUUUUUUUUAUGAUGGCAUUCUUUGAAAAACAAAGGAAACAACAAAUUUGUGAUGUUGUAGGAGUAUCUGAAGACAAGGUUCUUAAGUUGUGCAAAUUUUCAAAUGAGAUCAUCAUAUACUGGAUCAAGUUAUUACAUGAUAACACAGGAAACAGUGAUCAAUUAAAUGAGCAAGUUUCUGAAAUGGAGAUGGCUAUCCUAUGGGGAGUUGUUAGUUGCUAUCCUUAUUUACCAUAUUCACAGGAUAGUUUGGUGCUCAUAAAAGAUCUCAUUGUUACUAUUGAUCAACUUCUGGAAACUGAGAUAGAAAAAAAUGCAAGUUUUCCAAAGUCCACUUGGCAGAGUAUUAUUGGUGCUGCAUUGAGUUCUUUUCAUAAACUACUACUAGUCAAGAAGCUUGGACCUUCAGAAACAAGCAUAUUUUUGCAUCUUGCAAAGAGACACAAAUCAUCUCUCCAAGUAUUGUCUGCAGUUGCUGAAUAUUCGGAUUCUGUCUUUAGGUCCAAGGCUGAGGGAGCUUCCAGUUGGAAUGUAUUUCAAGAGUUUGAUGUUCAGGAUGUUAUAGACUCUGUGACUUCGUUUGCAGAUAAUUUGAGUCUUCCGAAUAAGGCAGUUCGGGUAUCCACUUUGAGAAUAUUGUCCCAUUAUGCACCAUUAGAUCAAACUCUGCUCACAAGUGAUGUGCGUCCUCAUAAGAAAUUAAAAACUGAAGAAUCUGAAGCAAGCGUUGUAGCCUCCCAGUGCAUUGAUGUUAUUGAGCUUCUCCUUUCUGUUGAGAUGACUCCUCUUUCUAUCUCCACAAGUCGGAAAAUAGUUAUACUUCUUUCCAAGUUACAAAUGAGUCUAUCUUCAGGAAGGAUUAAUGAUAUUUAUAUUCCUCUUCUCUUAAAUGGAAUUAUUGGAAUCUUACAUAAUCGGUUUAGCCAUAUAUGGGAGCCAGCAUUAGAUUGCCUCACUAUUUUGAUAGGCAGACAUAAGGAGCUUGCUUGGAAUAGCUUUGUUCAUUACCUUGAUAGCUGUCAGUCCAAAUUUUUAUGCUCUGGCAAUCACUUGGUGAAACUUAAUUCUGGAAGUUCUCAACCAAAAGAUCUGAUUGACUGCUUCAAAUUAUUUCUUGUUCCUGAAUUUGAUUGCACGCCUUCCAUGAUGGUAACAACACUGUUACUUCAAUCACUUCAAAAGAUCCCUGAGAUUGCUGAAUCUCGCUCUCGACAACUUAUACCAUUGUUCUUCAAAUUUCUGGGUUAUAGUGGUGAUGAUUGUUUCAGUGUUGAAUCAUAUACUGAUCAUGCUUGCAAAGGAAUGGAUUGGAAGAUGAUUCUCAAAGAGUGGCUGAACUUACUGGUACAAAUGCGUAAUGCUCGAUCUUUAUACUGCAGUCCAGUUCUCAAGGAAGUUCUAGUUAAAAGGCUUCUUGACGAAGUCGAUCCCAACAUACAGUUAAAAGUUCUGGAUUGCUUGUUGAAUUGGAAGAAUGACUUUUUGGUCUCAUACGAUGAACAUCUUAAGAAUUUGAUCUUGUCAAAGAACAUCCGCAACGAACUUACUACAUGGGCUGUUUCAGAAGAGUCAGAGUGCAUUCAAGAAGGACACAGGCAUCACCUUAUUCCUAUAAUAAUAAGAUUGUUAACACCAAAAGUUAGGAAGCUAAAGACACUUGGUUCACGGAAGCAUACAGGUGUAAGUCACAGAAGGGCAGUUCUUUGUUUCUUGGCACAGCUUGAAGUUGAGGAGCUUCAGCUUUUUUUUUCUUUACUUCUAAAGCCAUUAAUUCCGAGGCAUCUUACAAAUGAACUCUUUGAUUCUUUGAAUGAUGAGCCAUCUGGAGGGUUGAUAGGUGGAUCUCAGUCAUCCAUCCUUAUCAAAUGUUCAACCUCAAUUGAGGUAACUAAUGUUUCAUGGAAAAAAAAAAAUGGUUUCGUGCAUGUCGUUGAAGAAAUUCUAAGAACUUUUGAUGAGUCACGCAUCAAGCCAUAUCUCAAUCCACUAAUGAUGAUUGUUGUUUGGAUACUGGAGAACUGCAUGUUGAAUCUUGCAAGUGAAAACAGAAAUAGAGCUGUUAAUAUUGCAGAGAGUUUAUCUGGUAACUUCCCAGACCAUGAGAUGAGGACUGAAGCAACAGAUUCUCUUUUGAUCACUGCCAAACAAUUCAAGGAUUUGCGGUCCUUAUGCUUAAAGGUCAUUUCUUUUGUUCUUAACAAGUACGGGAGUCAUGAUUUUGGAUCAGAUUUCUGGAACGUCUUCUUUAGUUCUGUAAAGCCAUUAAUAGACAGCUUUAAACAUGAGGGUUCCAGCAGUGAAAAGCCAAGCUCACUUCUUUCGUGCUUUGUUGCAAUGAGCAGAAGCCAUGUGCUCGUUCCAUUAUUAGAUAAGGAGGCAAAUCUCGUCCCUACAAUUUUUUCAAUGUUAACCGUGAGGACUGCAUCGGAUGCCAUCAUAUCUUCUGUACUCAGUUUUAUUGAAAAUUUGUUGAAUUUGGAUAACAGUGAGGAUCAUCAAGAGAAUGAUUCUCCAAAAGGAAUUUUGGUGCCUCAUCUAGAUGUACUCAUUCAGAGUUUCCAUUUGCUUUUGCAGUCACGAAAAGUUCACCGGAAAUGUACCACAUGGCCCGGAACUUCAGAAUUGAGAAUAUUUAAACUUUUGGUGAGAUAUAUCACUGACCCUACCAUAGCUGAGCAAUUCGUGGACAUACUUAUGCCUUUAUUUAAAAAGAAAGACAGCAGUCCUGAUGAGGCCUUGGAAGGUUUACAUGUUCUCAAAGGGAUCCUGCCGGUUGUGGGGUCUGAAUCAUCUGGCAAAAUUCUAGAGGCCAUCCACCCCUUGCUAGUUUCUGCUGGAUUGGAAUUGCGGUUAUGCAUCUGCGAUAUUCUGAAUAGACUUGUGUUAAUUGAUCCUUCAUUAGCCUUUGUGGCCAGGCUUUUGCAUGGGUUGAAUGCAGUUUCUUUGUCAGAAAUUGGUGAGCUUGAUUAUGACACAAGAGUCAAUGCUUAUGAGACAGCAAGGCCAGAGUUGUUUGCUAAGCUGAAAGUGGAGCAUGCGUUGUUGAUAUUAUCACAUUGUGUAUAUGACAUGGCAUCUGAUGAACUGAUCUUUCGACAAAGUGCAUCUAGGGCAUUGCUUUCAUUCAUUCAUUUUUCUGCAUCGGUUUUGAACAACAGUGAGAGCAAUUCUGCAGAGAUGUUGUUCAAUGAUGGAUCACAUGAAGACACUACAAAUCUAAUUGUGAAAAAAGAAGAUACUGUAAUUACUUGGACAAAAUCCUGCAUCAAGCAGAUAGUGAAUAAAACAUUUCUGAAGAAUAUAGGGGAUGCUAUGACCAAAGACAUUUCCGUCCAGAAAGAAUGGAUUGCUGUGCUACGUGAUAUGGUUUAUCAUUUUCAGGGAUUGCCAUCUCUGAAUUCAUUUAGACCUCUGUGCAGUGAGGAUCCUGAAGUAGAUUUUUUUAAUAAUAUUCUUCACUUGCAGAUCCAUAGGAGAAGAAGGGCACUGUCACGUUUUAGAAAUGUCCUUGGUGCAGGGAACCUAACGGAGGAUGUUAUCCUCAAAGUCUUUCUUCCACUGUUUUUCAAUAUGUUGAUUGAUGUUCAAGAUGGAAAGGGAGAGGAUAUCAGAAAUGCAUGUAUGGAAACACUUGCUUCUAUUUCAGGUCAUAUGCAUUGGGAACCCUACCGUCGCUUUUUAAUGAGAUGCUUCAGAGAGAUGAUCCGUAGGCCUGACAAACAAAAAAUCCUGUUGCGCUUGAUAUGUGCCAUCCUAGAUAUGUUCCAUUUCUCGCACAUGAAUCUCAGUGAAGUCAUGGAAGGCGGGACUGAACUAACUACUGAAGUGAAGUCCACAAAUGCAUUGCCUUCAAUUGAGUCCCACUCAGAUGUCUCUGAAGUGCAAAAGUUUUUGCAAAAUAUACUCCUUAUGCAGAUUCAAAAGCUACUGACUUCAGACACCGAGAAGGUCAAUGUUAACGUCAGUCUUGCUGCCAUCAAAGUACUAAAGCUGCUCCCAGUGGAAAUCAUGGAAUCACAGCUUUCAAGCAUAGUUCAUCAGAUUUGCACCUUUUUGAAGAAUCGUCUUGAAAGCAUACGGGAUGAAGCAAGAUCUGCCUUAGCUGCCUGUGUGAAGGAGCUUGGACUGGAAUACCUGCAGUUUGUAGUUAAGAUUUUGCAAGCAAUACUAAAAAGAGGAUAUGAGUUGCAUGUUUUAGGUUAUACCCUCAACUUUAUAUUAUUGAAGACUCUUUCUAAUCCAGCUGUUGGCAAACUUGAUUAUUGUUUGGAUGAACUACUCUUUGUGGCUGAGAAUGAUAUUCUUGGAGAUGUUGCUGAGGAAAAAGACGUUGAUAAGAUUGCCUCAAAAAUGAAAGAGACAAGAAAGAGGAAGUCAUUUGAGACUCUGAAAUUGAUUUCUCAGAGCAUUACAUUCAGAACACAUGCUAUGAAGUUGCUUUUACCUAUCAAGGCACAGCUCCAGAAAUACACCACACCAAAGAUGAAGGUGAGGCUUGAGAUGAUGCUGCAACAUAUUGCUCUAGGUAUUGAAUGCAAUUCUUCUGUUGAAUUGUCUGAGCUUUUUAUUUUCGUCUAUGGGCUCGUUGAGGAUGGCAUCAGUCCAGAAGGAUCUCAUGGCAACGAGAUAUCCACUAAUGGGAUAAAUAAGAAACCUGUUCAUGAUGGGUCUCAAAACAGGGAUACUUCAAGUCACUGCAAACUGGGGCCACAUAAUUCUCAUCUGAUUGUUGUAUUUGCCCUUGGAUUAUUGCAUAAUCGUUUGAAGAAUAUGAAGUUGGAGGAAGAUGAACAACUAUUGUCAAUGUUAGAUCCCUUCAUAAAGCUGCUGGGAGACUGCUUGAGUUCUAAAUAUGAAGGUGUUUUGGCAGCUUCUUUCAGAUGUCUUGCCCCAUUGGUGAGACUUCCUUUGCCGUCCCUUCAAGGUCAUGCUGAUAAAAUCAAGAUUUUGCUUUUCGAAAUUGCUAAAAAAUCAGGAAAUGUUGGCAGUCCGUUGGUGCAGUCCUGUCUAAAGCUGCUAACAGUGCUACUACGAAGUACUAGAAUUUCACUGUCAAAAGAUCAGCUGCACAUGCUAAUUCAGUUUCCAGUUUUUAUAGAUCUUCAAACUAAACCUUCCCCUGUUGCUCUCUCUCUUUUAAAGUCAAUAGUUGAUCGAAAGCUGGUCGCCCAUGAAAUAUAUGACAUUGUUAUGCAAGUUGCUGAACUGAUGGUUACAAGUCAUUCGGAACCAAUACGCAAGAAGAGCAGCCAAGUUCUGUUGCAAUUUCUACUUGAUUAUCGUCUUUCUGAUAAGCGCCUGCAACAACAUAUGGAUUUCUUACUAUCAAAUUUAAGCUAUGAACAUUCAUCCGGAAGAGAAGCUGUGCUUGAGAUGUUGCAUGCCAUCUUGAUCAAGUUUCCCAAAAGUGUUGUUGAUAAUCAGGCACAAUCCUUUUUCCUCCAUUUGGUGGUGGCUCUAGCAAACGAAUCUGAUAGUAAAAUGCGAGCCAUGGUUGCUACAGUGAUAAAGGUACUGUUAAGUCGCACGAGCCAACAUGCAGCACGUCCUAUUUUGGGGUACAGUUUGUCAUGGUAUAUGGGUGAAAAGCAGCACUUAUGGAGUGCUUCUGCGGAGGUUCUUGGUUUGCUGGUUGAAGUUAUGACAAAAGAUAUUCGGGAACAUAUAACUAGUAUAUUGCAUGUUGCAAAAGGUAUCCUGGAAGCUUCUAUUCAUGCUGCUAGCAAUAAGGGUCUUGACAUUAUGAAUGAACCUGCAAUUCCACUAUGGAAGGAGGCUUACUAUUCUCUUAUUAUGCUGGAAAAGAUGCUGCAGUACUUCCCAGAGUUAUAUUUUGAGAGGAACCUUGAGGAAAUAUGGGUGAUUAUAUGCAAGUUUCUGCUGCAUCCACACAUCUGGGUCCGGAAUAUUUCCAGCCGCCUUGUGGCCUCUUAUUUCAUUGCUGUGACAGAAGCCAGUAAAACCGAUAACCAACAGCUGAAAUCUGGAGGCUAUUUUCUUGUAAAUCCAAGCAGACUUUUUGCUGUAGCUGUUUCAUGCUUGAAUCAGCUGAAAACUUCUCUAAUUGAUGACACAAUGAGCAAUCUCAUAACCCAGAAUCUUGUAUUUUCAGUCUGUGGUUUGCACUCCAGACUAAUAAAUUCACUUGUGCCCCAUGACUAUUGGUCGCCUCUUGAUUCUAGUGAGAAGGGUGUCUACCUCGAGGCUUUUGAAUUUCUUGGUUCAAAAAAAGCAAAGAGUUCAUUCUUAUUAUCUACCACCGUCAGAAGUAAUUUUUCUGGGACAAGUGAUGAAGCUGAUGAGGACAAUGGUGAAGAUUUCAAGUCAUUGCUUGUUGUACCUCUGAUCAAGAGGAUGGGAAAAAUUGCAAUGCACAUGGAAGAUGUACAGAUGCGGAUUGCCUUCAAUUCUUUCAAGAUGAUUUCAUUACAGACUGGUUCUGAAGGUUCCCGUUCUUACGCUAUCCACAUGUUGGUUCCGCUCUAUAAAGUAUGUGAAGGAUUUGCGGGGAAGGUCAUCAGUGGUGAAAUCAAACAGUUAGCCGAAGAGGUCCGUGACAGCCUCAGGGAUGUGCUGGGGGUUGAUAGCUUUGUGCAGGUUUACAAUCGGGUUAGGAAGAACGUCAAGCAGAAGAGGGACAAGAGAAGACAGGAGCAGAAGCUCCUUGCUGUCAUCAACCCCAUGCGCCAUGCCAAGAGGAAGCUGCGAAUCAGUGCCAAACACCGAGCCCACAAGAAGAGGAAGAUCAUGUCAAUGAAGAUGGGAAGAGGAAUAAGGUAGGUAGUGAUGGCCCAUCUUCGUGUUGGAGCUUUCGUCCUGGUGAGCUGAAGAAGUGUGUACUAUGUCGUCAGUUUUCUUCUCCAUUCAUUUGCAGCUUCUGGCGAAAUGCUGGAGGUUCUCAAUUGAUUCAGAGUGACAAUUUUGUAGGGCCAUAUAUAUGUUGAGUUAAAUAUGAUUAUUUUUCUUGGUUGUCU